CUAUGGCCCGGGACGCCGCCUGCACCCGGAGGCGGCCGCGAGCGCUUGGGCCGGGCGAUCGGGGCGCGGGGCCGGGGCGCUUUGUUCUCGGGGCGCGGGGAGGGAGGCCGCCUCCGGCCGGGGACACGGACCGCGUCUGCACGGUGAUUGUGGGGGACAAGGUUUGCCGACUGGAUCCCACCCUCCAAAAGUGGCCGCAGAAAGGAAAGAUGGCCCCGAUCACUCUGCUGAGGAGCUCUAGCUUUAAAGCGACCAGGCACCCUUCCCGGGGACCUCGCCCCGGAGGGUAAGCAUGCUGGGGCUGGGAGCUGCAGAAGGCACCUCUUUGGCUAACUGGGGGCUAGUAAAGUACCCCCAUCACACUUGGGUUCCCGCAUUUCCUUCCCACCCAUCCCCCACCGCUCACAGCCGCACUUGCCAAACCAAAAUUAGUCUCAAGUCACCGAAGUCCUAAAAGCCAUAUGGCCUGACACAGACACACACUGCCCCGUUAAUCUUAUUCCCUCAGCCACAGUCGACCAUGCCAGCAACACCCGUGAACACACUGCACCCACAAAGGCCGGAAGACACCCCUGCAAAGGCACAAUGUGGAGACACUGGUGGUGCCCACCCUCACUCGGUCACUCACAUACCCAGAAUAACUGACAACCACAGGUGCAGGAUGGUCCCCAUAGUAACUUAGUUUGCAACAAACACUUCCAAACAAGGACACCCCUCACAUGAGCCCAAAGACGUCCCAGCCACCCUGACAGUCAACAGAACACACAUGUGCAUGUUGGCACAGAUGCCCACAGAGACAGUCACCCAUAAAGCCAUGGCUCCUUAUGGAGCUGGACCUGGUGGCACAGGCUUGUCUUCCUAGCCCUUGGGAGACUGAGACAGGAGGAUGGCAGACCCAAAGCCUAUGUGGGCUUCAGAGUGAAUCUGAGGCCAAUUUGGGCAAUUUAGAGACAAUCCUAGGGGGAAAAAAAAAUGGAAUCCAGGUGUGAUGGAGCAUAGUUUUAAUUCCACCAUUUGUGAGGUAGAAGCAAACAGAUCUCUUGAGUUCCUGCCAGUAUUCCUGUCUGUAUUGUGAGUUUCAGGCCAACCAGGGAUAUACUUGGGAGACCCUGUCUCAAACAAAAAAAAAAAACCUCCACAAAAAAAAAAAAAAAAAAAAAAUCUAGGGAUGUUGCUUAGUGGUAAAGCACUGCACUGACUUGGCAUUAUGACAAGGCCCUGGGGUUGCUCAACAUCAAAACAAACAAAAAAAAGCCAACCCAUGGACCCUCCAUCCAUGGUCGUUUACCCUAAUGCUUUCACCACGCAGAGAUCCCAGACAUUAAUGGUUACAUGCACACAGACACCCAGGGAAAGGACACUCGGGGUCUUUAUGUGGCUAUGCAACAAUUCAGUAUGCUGCUGUUUCUGAGACAAGGUGUCACUAUGGAGAGCCUGUCUGCACUGAAACUCAUUCUAUGUAGACCAGGUUGGUUGGCCUCAAAUUCAGAUCUGUCUUCCUCUGCAGAGCUGGGGUUAAAGGUGUUCUGCCUCCAAGUACAGAGGUGACAGGUCCCACAGCCACCAUGUCCAACAACACUUAUAAAGCAGCUACCAUGUGCCAGGCAGCAGUUAGCUCUGGGGACAUACGUGUGACUCAGUGAAUUCCCUUCCUUAACACAGCUGAUAUUUGAGCGGGGCUGGGCCUGAAGGACGCCAUCAUCGGCUGACAGUCUACAGUCACCCAGUACUCUAACGAACCCCAGACGCCCACAUACACCUGUUCACACAUGGGCCUGCAGUCACACACAAUGAACUUGACAUAGCCACCUACAAUGCUGAUGUCUACCUGUAAACAAGCCCCAGAAGUGACUGCAUAUACUAACAGGCACACUAGUAGUAUCACCCACUGUGGCACUCACACACACCCAGACACACCCCACCCCCAAGUGAGCUCCCUUUAGCCCCAGGGAAUAGUUUAGACCCCCAACAGGAGUAUACAGUAGACAAAUGAGUUUGUGUAGACAGCCUCUUGAUGCAUAACCAGGACCACUCUGCACCUUGAGCUAAAGAAGUUCAAAAGCUUAUCUGGAGUUCCCAUCAGCCUUUCAUCAUAGCCCCUAACCCAGGAACGGCCAGACCCCUCCUCACAUCCAGCCAGUCUGAAAAUUUGAGUUUCUGGCCCACUCACUACACCCAGGCUGGGUAGGACAUGUGAGUUCCUGUUUGAGUACCCCCAUGAAAGACCUGAGUAUCUUGGAAGCCCUGGAGAAGCUUGGGAAGGAAGGGUGGGUACCCCAGGAUCCACAUAAAUGUGGCAAAAAGAGGUCUGGCAACCUGGGCCACCGGUGUGACCCUAUGGAGAUUCCCGCCUGUCUUGUCACUGUACUCCCAAUAAUAGGCUGUUUCCAGGCCUACCUACUCUCUUCCCUUCUGCCCCACUGACUUACAAACAAGCACACACUCUGAACACUUGCAGACCACAGGGGCAGAACACAGCAGACAGCUGACCCAUCCACUACUCCUUCCCCACUGGCUGGGACUGGCAUUUCACCUCAACCUGACUUCUAGUUCCCCAGCUUUGUUUGCUGCUCAGAGUGAGCAUGGGGCAGGACCCACCUGGGUCAUUCCCAAGAUGACUGCCCGGCCGGCCGCAGUGACCCUGCACCAGGACCUGGAGAUCGCCCCCCCCCGCCCCCGCCCAUUUCCCCUACGGAACUUCAAAGUUAAACCUCCUGCCCAAGCACGUAGCAGACACAUGGCGGGAAGUAUGCUAUCAGCCCCCAGACACUGGAACUCGGGUCAGGGUUGUGAUCCCCACACACCAGGGGCAUGCCUGCGAACCACCUCCCGGAGCCGCACCGGGAAGAAAAGGGGCAGACGCACAAACGCCCAGGAAGGGUGCAGGCAGACCCAGACAGGCGACCCCCGCUGACAAAGGGCAGGCAAAGCGCAAACAGACACCGAGGGCGGGAAGCCUGCACCACGCCUGCAGACAAAGAGAACAGGAGGGGGCGGGGCCAGGCAUCUCCAUCACGCCACGCCCCCUUCCCCUCCGCCAGACUCCCACAGGCAAUGCUGUCCUGCUGGGAAUGUCUCUAGCAGACACCACCCAUUGCGUAAGGACAAAAGUUCGGCAGGGGGAAAUAAGCAAAGUGGACUUAACAGAAUAAAAGAGGGUUGUCUGAAGGAUGACCCUCACUGCCUAGAGUAUCUUGUGUGCCUCAUAAACAUCAAUUUUAGCUUUCAGGAAUUCCCUAAAAACUGUUCUGACCAGGAAGCAUUCCCUUCCCCUGAAGUACAGCGGUGAUCUGUGCAAAGCCCGGGCGCCUGGCUUACCUCUGACCUGUCUAGGUGAUAACUUCCUCAGGGCUGAGAGCGCUCAAGGCAGGAGACUCACCUUUCCCAAGGCAGUGGUAGGGCUGCCCCUUAGCCCCUGGCCGGAAAGAGGGCGCUGCUGGCCAGGUACACGGGCCAGGAAGCAUGGUAAGGGCUCUACCAAGUGGGAGUGCUUCCUGAGUCUUGCUGGGGUCAGGGGCCUGGUUUGGGUGUGCAGGUUGGGGUGGACCUUGGAAGGAGCUAAACUUCUAGGGGACUCUGGGGUGCUCAGGAACCACAAUGAGGUACUAGACAGGACCUAAGCUCUCAGGUGGUGGAAUCUGGAAGCUGAGUCCUAGUGGAUCCUGGAAGAGACUUGAAUUGAGGGCAAGUCUGGGGCUACAUAAACUGGUGCUGCCCCACUAGAGUUUCACACAAGCAUAGUCCACUCGGGUGCUCCUGAUCUGUCUUGUGGGACCUCAAGAGAUCCUUCAGGGGCAUCACUCCCUCACUGAGGUGUCAGGAGUUCAGUUAAAGCAAAGUUAGCAGAGGCUACACUCACAGCCAAAGGCCUGGGGAAUCUUGUCCCCUCCUUAAACCAUUUAGAAGGCUUCAGACCCAGAGUGGGUGGCAAGGCCUUCCUUUCCCAGCUCACUCUUAGGCUGGGAAAAGCUGCAGUGGGCUCUGAAAGGUAGAAUCCAAGCUUAGGACCAUGGGAAGGCAGAAAGGUCUACAUUGUAUUGAAAGACUUAUUUACCUCGCCCAGGGAGCCCUGUUACAUUGUGUUAAAGUAACUUGUUUACGUUUCAGUUGCUUCUAUGCCCACCCCAGGCCAGAACCAGGUGGCUACCAGACUUCCCAGAAUGGUGGCUAGGAAUCUACCAGCUUUGUGUUCUUUUGGACCAGUCUUUCCAACUAACCUGUGAGGGGAAUCUGCACCUCUCAGGUCCACUUUGAAAGAUUUUCCUUCUUUUUAUCUCACUGAAUAGCCCUCCCCAGGAACUCACUUUAGCUCAGACUGGCCUGGAAUUUGCUGCCGCAGUCAGUCCCAAGCUUCCUGACUCCAGAGUACUGCGAUGUCAGCCGUGGAUGCAGCCCUUAAAUAAAGCACAUGAAUUGAGACAGGCACAUUGUCGCCUCUGUUUCAGGGGCUGCGUUUUUUAAAUUAUGAUUUGAUUUGUGCUGCUUCUCUGGGUCUCCAAAAAAGACAGUUGACACUGAAUAACUGAUGGCUGAUUUCCUGAGUCGAAGGGACCUUGGCUUCUCCGUCACUCUAUAUGCUCCCGACGCUCUCUGGCCCGCUCCCCACUCAGUUCACCAAGAACUUGCCAAGGGUUUGGGGGAACAUUCAACCUGUCGGUGAGUUUGAGCAGCUCAGACAAACCAUCGACCGUUGAGUGGACCCCGAGGCCUGGAACUGCCGUCUACCCCAUCACUAUCCCCACAUUCUAGAUCUGGGAAAGCCCCAGGCAGCCUGCCACCCCUCCCUCAGGCCACAGCAAAGGUCACAAUCAACAUUCAUUGUUGUCGGUGGGUUGUAAGGAGGAGGCCAUACCCACCGGGGGAUGAAUGUCACUGUGGCUGGGCCGAACAGCCGUCUCAGGAACGGGAAGGACAGGACCCCUUAGAUGGCCCCCAAAUUCUUCAGCCUGUCACCAGGAGAUGCACUGGUGCCUGGGAGCUCAAUGGGCAGACUGGAAUUGGAAAUUGGGAACCCUGGAGGAUUAGGGGUUGGGGCAACCUUAAGUGAAGCUCGGUGGCCAGAAACUCCCUGAAAGGAUGCAUGUCUGCUCAAUGAGGCUUCUGGAAUGGGUGAACUGGUAGAUGGACGUGUGUAUCAGACAGAUGGGCGGCCAAUGAAUGAAUGGGAUGGAAGUCUGACACAGCUAAUGGUUGACUCCCAACCAAACAAACACAUUUCACAUUUUGAGCUCAGACUGAGGCCUCCUUUGACAGGUGGGGUUGGAAAUUCCAGUUGUAGCCUGCCCUCCCUCCGGUGCUUGAGGGCUCUUCCCCUCCUUCCGUGCUCCUAGCCCCCAACCUGGAGGCUCCUAAGUGAGCUAACUGGAGGAGAAAAAGUGGGAACUCCACUUUGUAAGGUCUCCAACCCAGGGCAAAUGGCUGAGGUGCCUAUCAAAGCCGAAGCCUCAGGCUGCUUCGUUCUCCCAGCAUCCCCCAGUCCCUUCCUGUUACAGAGGUCCUCCUGGCUGGUAUACCUUUUACCCUACCUGAACUUCUCUAGUUAAGGAAAUAGGCUGGGCUUUCCCUUCCCCUAGCCUCUCUGAUUUCUAUAUAGCACAGCCGUUUUGGUUACACACCCCUUUCUGCUUUCUGUUUUGUUUGCCUCUGCUCUAGUUCCCCUCUUACAUGAGCUGGCUCAGUCUGCUGUUCAUGUCCACUCUGGACUUUCUCAGAUGUCUCUGCCUUUUCUUACAACUGUCCAUUUAUCUACAAAAGAACCUUUUCCUCUACCCAUUAGGAGCAGUCAUGUUUUCCUUUUCUUUUUCUUUUCUUUUAAUUCACACUUAAUGACUAAGUUCUUGGCUUGUGGAGUGGGCAUGAAAGUUCCUUACCAAAGUCAGAUUUGGGACCCAGCUCUUGAUUUAUUUACCCACCGCCUUCCCCACCCCCUACCCAGCUCUCUGUGCAGAGGUCCCCUUCUUUGGCACUGGGAUUGCUGCAACACCUGACCUAACAAGAACUCAAGGCUACGCGGCCCCUUCCCCAGCGUUGGGGAAGAGAGAGAGAGAGAAAAAAAAAAUCAGUGAAUCAGUCUAAGUGUUUGGCCCUGGGGCAGAAUUCGCAGCCAUCCACCUACCUCUUCACCUACAGGCAAGCAGGGGUUGACCUCCCACAGGGAGGAGGAGGAGAAUCUGGGGAAGCCUGGGGGUUCAGUGGCUCCAUCUGCCUCUGGCUACCUCCAGCCCACACAAACACCAUAUACCCCCUGGGCAGGUGUGUAAGAAGCCCCCAGUGACAAUGAGAGACCCCCCCCUAGAGCCUGCCUGCUCCACCCUUUCACACCCCCUCAAGAAAAAAAAAAAAAAAAAAAAAAAGCAGCCAGAGAGGUCUGAGCUCAGGGAAGGGAAGAAGGGGUAGUUGGAGCCAGGCAGGCUUUCUUCUCUGCUCCUCUGCCCAGCCAUGGGGACUUUCAAUCUGUGGACAGAUUACCUGGGUCUUGCAAACCUGGUUGGGGCUCUGCAUGAGGAAGAGAAGCCUUGUGUAAGGCUGGACCCCAAGCCAGAGUCCAAGCCAGAGCCCAAGCCGAGCCCAGCAAGCCAGCAAGCCAGGAAAGAAUCUUCAACAGCUCCUGAACGCUUAUGCUCAUUUUGCAAACACAAUGGCGAGUCUCGGGCCAUCUAUCAGUCCCAUGUCCUGAAGGAUGAGGCAGGUCGGGUGCUGUGUCCCAUCUUGCGGGAUUAUGUGUGUCCCCAGUGUGGAGCCACUCAGGAGCAUGCCCACACUCGACGCUUCUGCCCACUCACCGUCCAGGGCUACACUUCUGUCUACUGCUACACCACCCGGAACUCUGCAGGGAAAAAGCUGACCCGGCCUGACAAGGCAAAGACACAGGAUGCUGGCUACCGCCCAGGAGGAGAAACAGCAGCAGGUGUCUGUGCAGGUGGUUUAGGGACAGGGUGGAGAAUGAACCUAUUCUAGGCUCUCGGAUUUUGGGGUGUGUUUUUAAGUGUUUGAUGCCAGUAUCUUAGAAACUGAGGGACCCACAGUGUUGAGCUGAUAGCAUGGGGUGUACUAUGCUUGCUGUGUGGCCUUUCACAGGUCAUUCUCUCUGAGCAACCCAGGAGUGGGUGGUACUUAAGAGAUGCUGUGGGUGUUAUGGUGAGCUCUGCUUUCUACUUGGGGGUCAGGAGUUGUAAAGUUUGGGGGGAAGCUGAUAAACCUGUCUGAACCCUAAAAUCAUUUGUUCAUUUGCCAAGUAAUAUUUUCCUGUCUGUUCCUCACUGGGUACUGGAUUAGCAGUGAAGAAACUGACAGUAGAGUGGCAGAUGAGACAGUCCUGGACAGGGGGCCAGUUGGCUCAGAUGAGGGGAUCCCAGAAAGGCUUCCUGGAGGAGGUGACUUGUAGGAGUCUUAAGGUCUUCAGUUUGGGCCUGGGGAGUGGAAGUGUGACUGGGUAUGGGUGUAUGCUGUGGGGUGGCUAGGAAUCACUGGAUCUUCAGGUGUCACCUUUGGGAGUUUGGAGUUUGCUCCCCAGUCAGUACCAUAAAAAAUAAGUUUCCAGAAUCAGCAAGAUGACUCAGUGAGUAAAGACUGCCUCUAACCCGCAAAACCCAAGUUUGUUUCUAGGAUCUAUAUGGUUGAAGGAGAGAACGGACAUCUUUCAAGUUGUCCUCUGACCUCCACAGGCACAAACAUGGGGUGUAGUGGGGUAGGCAGGGAUGGUCAAGGCCGCUUUAUCAGAGUUCUGGCAGGAGCAUCAGACUAGAACCAAGGGGUUCCAGAGCUCCAGGAAGGUGGCUGCCUUGGGCCUGUAGGCCCAGCUCCCAGCCAGGAGGGUUGGGUAGGGGGAUGGGCCGGGAAGACUGUAGUUGGACCCUGUUUGGAAAGUGCAUUCAUGGUGGGUCUGUGUUAAGAUAUGAGGCCUCUCCAUCUCCCCCACAAAUGAAGAGCACCACUCUCCAGGGCCUGGCUGAAUCACCUGGAACUAAGGUUUUUAAAGAUUUUACGUGUGGGGGUGGUUUGCCUGCAUGUGUGCUGUGUCCAUAUGCUUGAGGGGAUGGGCUCCCCUGGAACCAGUUGGUUAAGAGUCACCGUGAGGGUGCUAGAAAUUGAACACCAGUCCUCUAGAAGGGCAGCCAGGACUCAACCACUGAGCAAGCUCCUUAGCCCUAUUAAUACUUAAUAUGCUAAUGAACCCUAGGGCCAAGAUCUCAGAAGCAAAUGUCUACAGUUGGGCAAUGGCACCCCAGUGCAGGGUGUCCUGGUAUUUCCUUUCCUAUUUAUUAUUUAUUUUUUAGAAAGUUACAUUUAUUUGUGGUUGUGUGUGUUUGUGUGUGUGCGCACAUGCACUCAUAUCCACACAUAACUUGUAGGAAUCAGUUCUUUCCUUCCACAGUGUUGGUCCUGGGGGACAGAACUCACAUGGUCAGGCUUGACCACACGUCGCUUAUACCUACUGAGCCACUUUACCAGACCUCAAGAGAUGCAGACAAUUUUAUUUCAUGGGUAUAGAUGUGUUUUUGGCCUGUGUGCAUGUAUGUGCACCACCUGUAAGUAAUCCAGAGGAUGGUAUGAGAAACCCUGGCACUUGAGUCACAACUGGCUGUGAGUGGUGGCCAUCUGGGUGCUGGGAACCAAACGCAGGUCCUCUGCAGAAGUGCGAGCAUUCUUACCCACUGGGGUUUCUUGUUUUUGUUUCUUAUAUUUUGUUGUUAGUAGCUCAGAUUGUGUGCAUCAGCAUGCGAAAUGCAGGAUGGCAGGUGUUUCCAUGUCUAAUAGCUCUUCAGGCCCACAGGAGGAAAACCUUAAAUUUGUGGGUGGGGCACUGAACUUGCCUAAGAGGUAGUCAGCUGGCUGCUGAACCAUGGUUGGUUAUCGGCUGUGUGCUGCCUCCAUGGUUGUCUGGGAGCUCCUAGAGGGUGGCAGUGGGCUGGGGUAUCUCCUUUAACUUUUCCGUGGAACUCCAGUUAGAGGCAGAUUUUGUACAGGUGAGAAUGCCAUUCUGUGAAGUGGUUUUUGAGCCAGUGUCUUUACAUAGAUCCAGGUGGACCUGAAUUUGCCUCAGCCUCCCUAUUGCUGGGUCAGACAUGAGCUACCAUGCUUGCCUUUUAGAGUUUUAUGUCGCUGGUCUGAUGCUGAGGCUGGUACCCAGGACCUUCUGCCUGCUGUACCACAGCCCUGUCCCUCCCAAUGAGGUCUGAAAGGGAUUCAGCCUGGAGAAGCCAGCAAUGAGGAGUCAUAGGUGAUGGUCUCUAAAUUCUGAAGUGACAGGAACACCUCCCUGAUAUUGGAGGGUGCCCUUACCAGCACACUGUCACGGCGAGCUGAGCAUUUUCUUCUGAGUGUAAGGGAUGCAAGGUCCCUUGCAGCCUGGCAG